UCGUUGACGCUGAUCGUAAAACGUCUCCGUCCUCAGCGCGUCGCAAAAGCGAAAUCGAAAAAAAAAAUCGUUGUGAGAGUUUUUCAAUCGUAAAAUAUUGUGUCGUUUUGUGUUUGUUGUCUUUCAAUUUCACAUCAACGUGCAAUUGCCUUCGCUAAAAAUAUAUACGUUUUGCAAACAAAAAGAGUACCAGACUGUGUAAAUAAAAUACAAAUUUAAUUAAAAUCAAAUAGAAGAACCAAAACUAAAAUCGCCACGUUCUCGUGUUCUACAAAUACGCGUGUACACAAGAGAGCAGAAGAAAAGAGCCCACACAAUAUACUUAUAAUUAGUUAGUUGCCUGCUGAUAUUUUAAAGCACAUCGUAAACUAUAUACACGCAAUUUCCUUCACAAAAUCGGAAUAAAUAAAUAUCGUUGAAAGCGGGUCACAAGCAAAGGAAAUAAACCCAAAACUUCCAGUGCGUUUCCAAUGUAGCCCUUCAUGGAUAAUUAACACGAGCAGGUUGUGUGACUAUAUCGCAGUUUCGUGUUAACAACAACAAAAAAAAGUGUUUAAAAUUAGCAAAAUACAUCUAAUUAUCCUCAUUAGUGAAUUACGAUCAGGUCAAGCCAAAAAAGCAAAGUAGAUUUCACAUAUUACACUUUUGUGUGAGUCACCUACAAUAUAAAUUUUCCGUUCUUCAAAUGGGUUGACUUGUGACAUUUAAGCUUCCUGGACCCGGGAAACAAAAGGGAUAUAUCUAAUUGAACCUAUGUAAAUCGAAUCUAUUUGCAAAAGACUCAGCUCAGCUGCUACUGGACCUAGCAGCACUUCAUCUAGCACCACCCAAAACACCACAAUAGCAACAACAAUAACCACUUAAAAAUUCAACAGAAGCAAAAAUCAAAUUCACACACACAUCACUUCAAUUGAGAACCAUUUGGAUUACUGCCCAAGAGCAGCGACACCACCACCCAUGAACCAAAAGGCCGUUUCGCUUAACAGCGCGGCCACCGUGAUCACCAUCAUCAUCCCAAGCAACACCAUCAGCAGCGGCAGCCACAAGAUCCAUCUGCAGCCUGGCCUAACUCUCAGCAAACUGGGCCACUCCUACGCCGCCAGAGCCGAUCUCAAUUAUUGCGAGUGAAGCGUUUUUAAACCCUAACUAACACCUCAAGACAGUUUCUGAGCAAAAAAGAUCCUUGAGAGCAAAGAGCAAUCGAUCGCUUUGUUAUCUUCCCCCUUGGCCGAAAGCAGCCUCAAGACGGACGGAACCAUGUUGAAAGUCGUUGGUGCAUCAUGGCAAAAAACACGGAUAGGGACGUACAUAUUAAUCGGAGCCGGUUUACUGGUGAUUGGUGCGUUCUUUGUCGGUUACAUGGAGCGUCCGGAAUACGAUGGCACCUACUGUGCCACCGCAUACUGGACCAAGAAGUUCGGCUAUCAAAUUGAGAAUUGGAAGCAACAAAACGAUUUGGUUAACAUACCCAAGGGCGUGGCACGCAUAUGCUAUAAGGAUUCUGUCUACGAGAAUGGUUGGGCACAAAUUGAAGUGGAAACGCAACGUAGUUAUCCGGACUCAGUGCAGGCUUAUGCUGCUGGGUUGCUGGAGGGUUCACUCACCUGGAAGAACAUCUACAACCAGUGGACCAACACCAUAUCCUCUUCCUGCCAGCGGGAUGAGAGUUCCGGCAAGUUCUGCGAGUGGCUGCGCGAGCUGCUAACCAACAACUUUGAGCAGAUGAAGGCGCAGGCGACAGCUCAUGCCGAGCAUGAUCAUUACUGGCAUCAAGUGCAUUUAUUCCUCAGUCAACUGGAGGGCAUGGAGAGCGGUUAUAUACGCGGUGCAACCCGAGCACGUUCCGAUCUGGAGGAGGAGAUUUCACUUCCCGAUUUCCUGCUGAUGAAUGCAGCGGCUGAUAUACAGGAUCUGAAAAUCUACUAUGAGAACUAUGUGCUCGUGAAUGGCACCAGCGAUGGCAGCAGCGGCAAUAAGAACUUCUUUCUGCCCAGUGCCUCAAUGUUGACGCGCAUCAUCCGACCGGAUCAGACGCCACAAUCGUUGCAGGCGCUGCAGCUGCUCUUUGGCCACAGCACCGCGGGCAGCUAUUCGUCCAUGUUGCGCAUACAGAAGCGUUACAAGUUCCAUUAUCAUUUCGCACCCGAUACACGCAGCAAUACGGUUCCCGGCGUAGAUAUAACGUUCACGGGAUAUCCUGGCAUACUUGGCUCCACAGAUGACUUCUAUGUGGUCAAGGGCAGGCAGGUGCAAUCGACUGUUGGCGGCGUGGGGAUCAAGAACGAGAAUCUGGCCCUUUGGAAGGAUGUCAAGGUGGAGCAGAUGGUGCCGCUUGUGGCACGUGUCAUGGCCGCAAAUCGCAUUGCUCAGAAUCGACGCACUUGGGCGCGUGCCAUGUCCCGACAUCCGUUCACCGGUGCCAAGCAAUGGAUUAGCGUGGAUCUGAACAAGCUGGGAGCACAGGAUAACCUGUACAACACACUCGAUGCCGAUGAGAAGCAUGAUGAUGCUGCAGUCGCAGUGAAUGAGAAGGAUAAUGCUGCCAUCAGUGAGCGACAUGAUCAGCUGAAGAGCAUGGUCUGGAUACUGGAACAAUUACCGGGACGUGUGCACAGCAAGGAUGUCACUGAAAACUUCAUCUUGGCCGGCAACACCAGCUGGCUGGCCAAUGGAAUGCCCUACUUCGACGACAUCUUGGAGGCCAGCGGCAUUUCGCGUGACAACUAUAGCCAAGAUCAGGAGCUGUCCCCUGCCGAUGAGGCAGAGCUAACCACGCUGGAGGCUGUGGAUAAGUAUCUGCGCAAACGUGGCUUCCGCGGUGAUCUGCUCGGAGAUGAGUCCAUUGCGUAUGGCAACAUUGACCUCAAGCUCUUCUCCUACAAUGCUCGCUUGGGCAUCAGCGAUUAUAAGGCGUUUGCUGGACCAAUCUUUCUCAGAUUGCAGCAUCCCCAGCCUCGAACGCCGGAGGAGAUUCAGCUGCAAGCGGAGGGUCAGGCCGUGCCUGCUGCCAUUGGCGAUGAGCGUCUGAGCGUAGCCGUAGACGAUGCAUCUACUUUGGCCGAGAUGGAACUGAUUACGGAGCGGCGUCCGGUGCGUAAUGACAUGCGGGCGAUUGCCAUGCGAAAGAUUGGCAGUGGUCCGUUUAAAUGGUCAGAUAUGACCAGCUCGGAUGAUGCCAAUCACGAAGGACAUCCGGAUGAGUGGAACUUUGACAAGGUGUCGCCCAGGUGGGCCUGGUGAUCGAUCAUGGGUGAAUAGUUCUCCAGAGAAUUUUUAUAUGUAUAGAUCACAAUAGUACCGAAUUCCAAUCGAAUUUUAAACUCGACAACAAACAAACAAAAACCUGCGAAGCAAUAAUUGUCCUAGAUUCGUAAUAUUCGUCAUUUGUGUGUUCCUAGCUGAUAAAUUGUCGUUUGUAGAAAAUGAAAUCAAUUGUGUUGCGUCCAUUAGUCAUAAAUUUUAGUUGUGUCCGUCUAUUCAAUGUCAAUUAUUGUCUUCCAGUCUACACUAUUUUAAACAUGUAACCCCAUAUCCUCAAAUUUUAGUAAAUAAUAAUUUAAAUAAAUGAAAACGGAAAC